AUGGAUGCGGAGUACAAUUUGGACAAUUUGUUCAAUUUCAAAGAAUGGUCGUCUCAAAAUACCUCACAACGGCCAGACGCUGGUACGAACGCUCCAACGGGUGCAUCACUCUUUCCGGAUGCGGUCACAGCGAGCACAACGGCAUCAAGCACUUCCUUCGCAUCAAGCCAACGCUUAGUCUUGCCUCAGAGUCGAUUGACGUUCUUACAAGAGGAGGACUGGGACCCAACAUCAAAAUACGAUCAAGAUUCCGCAUAUUUGUAA